UUUUCUACAAUCUUAACUUCAGUACUCUGACCAUCGCGUUCCUGAUCGCACACGGCACGGAGAAUUACCUUUAACUUUUGUUUUAGAAUUGUGUGAUCAAUCUUACAAGGAAAGCAGCAGUUGCAAAAAGCUCGUAGCAAGUGCGAUAAUUUUGUUAUUUCGUAAGGUGCGAAUCAAAUAAUCAAUGGCUCCGGGUGGAUAUGGUACUAUUGGCAGCAAUCGGAAACGUUUGCUAGAUGCGGAGGAACGGCAGACGAAACUGCGUCCUGAAAGUCCAAUCGCACCGACAAGCAACUCUCCAGCACCUGAUGGACCUGUAGCGAUGGCGGCAGCUGCGGAAACUGCACCGCAGAAAUCUGUACAGUCCACUGAUAGCUUGGAGGAAAGCGACGUCGACGUAGGUAGCGAAGACGAAUGGAGCAUUUUUGACAGUUCUGAUCCGUACAGUGAGACUGAUGACGAUACUGAAGACAGUACAGAUGAUGAAGACUAUGGAUCAAAUACGUUUGUUCAAAAUCUUCGAGCUUGGGCCAUUUCUACCAAGCAGACACGGUUUGCACUAAACUCACUGCUAGCCUUGCUGCGGGAGAAAACAAACUUGAAGGUGCCGAGAAAUGCCCGAACGCUGCUGAAAGUGCCACCCAAGCCGAGAACCAGAAUACAAACCAUGCGCUACUUUGGUUGUAUUUUCUUGUUUGGUGAAUCUGCUACUGUACAGUGUAGCGGUAAGCCAGUUGCAUGUGAGUACUAAGCAACGGUUUUUGUCCUAAACGCGAAAGUAUUUCUUUUGUAUUAAAACUUAAACGCUUGAUACCUGGUGGAAAUCCAGAUAAAACAAAGAAGUUAUAAAUUGGAUUAUGCGCCAUGUUAACUAACACACUAGAAGGACACUAGAAGGAAAGAAAUAGAAGGAAACACUAGAAUUAAACUAAAAGAUGUGGAAAUGGACGAGAAUUGUACUAGUAAUGGUCUAAUAAAAAAAUAAUGAAAUUUAAACAGAAAAAAA